CGCUGCCGCCGUCCCUACUCCUCCUUCCUCCUCCUCCUCCUCCUCCUCCUCCUCUCGCUCGCUGCACGCCGGGGCCGCCUUCACCGCGGGGGCCAGGCCUGGGCUCCAUCGUCAUCAUCUUGUCCCCUGCUCCCUUGUGUGUCUGUGCGUCUGUCUGUGUCGUGUGUCCCCCCCCCCCCUCACCCCCACCCCACCCCAAAACCCGCCGACCCCGGCGAGCUCCAUGGUGCGGGAAGGCGGCAUGGCCCGUACCCCUUACAGCUCCACGCAGGACAUCCAGAUGGACGUCUUCGACAACACCGCCCUCCAGAGCAAGUACAGCAAGCGCAAGAGCCGCUUCAAGCGCUCGGACGGCAGCACCUCGUCCGACACCACCUCCAACAGCUUCGUCCGGCAGGGCUCGGCGGAGUCGUACACCAGCCGCCCCUCGGACUCGGACGUGUCGCUGGAGGAGGACCGGGAGGCGCUGCGCAAGGAGGCCGAGCGCCAGGCCAUGGCGCAGCUGGAGAAAGCCAAGACGAAACCGGUGGCGUUUGCCGUGCGGACAAACGUCGGCUACAACCCGUCGGCUGGCGACGACAUGCCGGUGCAGGGCAUGGCCAUCUGCUUCGAGCCCAAAGACUUCCUGCACAUCAAGGAGAAGUACAACAACGACUGGUGGAUCGGGCGGCUGGUGAAGGAGGGCUGCGAGGUGGGCUUCAUCCCCAGCCCCGUCAAGCUGGAGAACAUGCGGCUGCUGCAGGAGCAGAAGAUGAGGCAGAAUCGCCUGAGCUCGAGCAAAUCGGGGGACAACUCCAGCUCCAGCCUGGGUGAUGUGGUGACGGGGACCCGCCGGCCCACCCCCCCGGCCAGCGCGAAGCAGAAGCAGAAAUCGGCCGAGCAUGUACCCCCAUACGACGUGGUGCCCUCCAUGCGGCCCAUCAUCCUGGUGGGGCCGUCGCUGAAGGGCUAUGAGGUCACGGACAUGAUGCAGAAAGCGCUCUUCGACUUCUUGAAGCAUCGCUUCGACGGCAGGAUCUCCAUCACGCGCGUGACGGCCGACAUCUCCCUGGCCAAGCGCUCGGUCCUGAACAACCCCAGCAAGCACACCAUCAUCGAGCGCUCCAGCACCCGCUCCAGCCUGGCCGAGGUCCAGAGCGAGACCGAGCGCAUCUUCGAGCUGGCCCGGACGCUGCAACUGGUGGCUUUGGACGCCGACACCAUCAACCACCCGGCCCAGCUGGCCAAGACGUCCCUGGCCCCCAUCAUCGUCUACAUCAAAAUCACCUCCCCCAAGGUGCUGCAGCGGCUGGUGAAGUCCCGGGGCAAGUCGCAGGCGAAGCACCUCAACGUGCAGAUGGUGGCAUCCGACAAGCUGGCGCAGUGCCCGCCCGAGAUGUUUGACAUCGUGCUGGACGAGAACCAGCUGGAGGAAGCCUGCGAGCACCUGGCCGAGUACCUGGAGGCUUACUGGAAGGCGACGCACCCCCCCAGCAGCAACCCCCCCAACCCGCUGCUGAACCGCACCAUGGCCACGGCCGCCCUGGCCGCCAGCCCCGCGCCCGUCUCCAACCUCCAGGGUCCGUACCUAGUGCCCGGGGAGCCGCCGCGCGAGGGGGAGCCCGGCCGCCUGCGGCAGGGCCCCGGCGAAGCGGGGGGCCGCGGGCAGGGCCGACCCCCCCCCCCCGCCGCCUGCCCGCCCGGCCCCCGCAGCCUGUCCCGCCAGGACACCUUCGACUCGGAGACCCCGGGCAGCCGGGAUUCGGGCGGCACGGAACCCGGCGAUUCCUGCUGCAUGGACAUCGAGACGGAUCCCGGCGAGGAGGAGCCGCCGGGCCCCCCCGGUGCCGGACCCCGGGCCCCCCCCGGCCACCAACACCCCGGUGCCUGGGACGAGGACGAGCCCGGGCGUGAGAGCCAGGGGCUACGGGGCCGAGCCAAGGGCCAGGACCGCUACUGCCCCGACCCCUCCUUGGACCAGAGCGACGCGGAGGGCUGGGGCCAGGACGUUUACAUCCGUUAGGGUGAGGGGGUGCAGGCGGGGGACGGACCCCCCCCCCUUUCCUAGCGCUGGGUUUGGGGUGGAGGGAGACCCACCCACCCCACCCCACCCCGCCCUGGUUGCCUUUGUGCCCCCCCAGAGCCCAGCCAGCUGUGCCAUGGGGAGCCCCUGCUUUGUCCCGGGGGCUCCCCCUGCCCCACUCUUUGGGGUGUGUGGGUGUGGGGGGGUCUCCCCUCAUCCACCCCCCCGACUUCCCACUGCAGCCCCCCCCCCCUCCCCCCCCCCAGCAUCUCAUGGUGCCUCGGGCCCUCCCCACCCCGCAGGGAGGGCAGGUGACCAAAGGGGACCCAGGGGGCUCUGGCGUGUCCCUUGUCCCCCCCCAGGGUGGGGGGGCUGUGCUCCCCACCUUUGCCUGCUGGCUGCCCCCCCCCCCCGGUGCCCGGGUGUCCCCGCUUCUCCAUGGUGCUGUUUGCCACCCGGCUGUGGGGGGGACCCCUGAGCUGGCUGUGGCGGGGGGGGGUCCCUGCCAGCUGCCCCCCAUUCCGCCCCCGCCCCAGCCAGUGCCUGCAGCCUGGCACUGCACCCCCACAGGGCUGUGACCCACCCCCCCACCCCAGCAACUCGGGGUAUGGAAGGGGGGGGGGUGUCUGCAUGUGUGUGUGGUGUGUGCGGGGCUUUGGGGGGCUCCAGCGGUGGAGGGGUCCCCGCUGGCCCCCUGGGGUGCUGCCUGCCUGGGGGGGGGGGGCGCAGUUUGCAUGUGUUUGCCUUGGAGGGGCUCUGCCUGAAUUGGGGGGGGGUGUGUGUGCAAAUCUGAGCCAGUUUGGGGGGGUCUAACCCGUGCUAACAGCUGCCCAGCCCUGGCCUGCCGUGGCAGCACCCAGAGGGUCCCCCCUGCCCCAGGGGGGGCCCCCGUGCUGCCCCCCCUUCACCUGGCACCUCUGGGGUGUACCAGGCAGUGCCAGCCCCCCCCCCCCCCAAAACCCCUCCUGUGCCAACCCCCCCGCCGUGCCUGUCCGCUCUUGCCCCAUCCAACUGUGUCUGUCCAUCCGUCUGUCUGUGAGCCUGUCUGUCUGCCGUGUCCCCCUGAACCAGGGGGGGGGCUGCCUCCCCCCCACCCCCCCGGGGCGCUGCCUUCUCCUGCACCCGCCCUGGGGUGUCCCUCGCCCCCCCUGCCUCUGUGGGGGUGACCACACCAGGGUGGAGUGGGGGGUACCCCACAUCCAGCCCUCACUGUGGGGCUGGGUUUGCCCCACUUAUGGGGCAGCCCCUUGACGACUUCCCCCCCCCCCCCCCCCUCCAGGGGGCAAUGCUGGGGGUCCCCGGGGUCGCUGCCUUACCCACACCACCAGCCUUGCCAGCCCAGGCCGGGGGGGCUCAGGGGUACCCAGCCACUGCCAAGCCGCCUCUGCCCAUCGUGUGCCUCAGUUUCCCCUUUUUUUUGGGGGGGGGGGGGGGGAACAACAACACACAGAUGGGACAGGACGGGACUCGGUGUCACUGCCUGCCAAGUGCUUUGAGACCCCCCUGCCCCAGCGCUUGCCCCCCACAGCGGCCAGGGUCCGGGCAGUGGGCCCCCCCCCCCCCCCCACCCCGCCGCAGGCAGAGGGAUGUCCCGUAUUUAUGUCGCUCCACAAAUUUUAUUUAAAGACCCGACAAAGUGUAUUUUAUUUAUUUAUUCUCGUUGGUGUGUGGGGGGACUCGCCCCGCUCGCUUGGUUCUUUGUAAUAAACAUUUCGGUGAGACCUGC